AAUCAGGCUAUGGAGACUUGUACAUUUGAGAUUCACUGGAAUAAGCAGCAGGUCACUAAAACCAGGUUUAAGGAAGGUGUUUCAGUAUCUGUAAUGGUGGUACUGAGUAGUUGUAUUGUCUGCCAUUUGUUACAUAGAGUUAUUAUAGCCUGUAGGUUUGCUGUACAAAGUAAAUCGAAAAUGUAGUAAUGUGACUGUUUCGAUGUUAUACGUACUGUCUCUGACAGAGUUACCCCUUGUCUCCUUUUCUUGAAUACUGUAGAUAUCCAGAGUGUUUUUCAUUACUUUGGAUGUUUUACUGCCAUUUACAUGCACCGGAUUACUUGACUCACACGAAAAUUUUAAAGUCUUCUGCAUUUUUGCAGACCUCUUCCGAUCCAUAGAUUUCUUACUAAAGCAAUACAAAUAGGCUGUACUGGUUAUCUUUAGCCUUUUGCCUUUAUUAAGUACUUGUGUCCUCAAGUCUGAAGCCCUUGUCGGAUUGCUACAGUUGGUUCUUCUGAUGCGGCUGGAGGCCCUAUUUAUUUCAAGGACUGCGUUUGCAGAUAUAUAAUAAUAACGGACUGUAUUAUGUUUAAGGCAUAUGACAUGGAUGUGAGGAUGAAGAUGAGCAGAGAUUUGAGCCCCGACCUGGCAAAGGUCUCCAUUCAGCCCAGACAUAAAGAGAUGAAGAAAAUGCAAGUGGUCUAUUAUUUGAGCAGAGGCGGCCAGCUUGAACAUCCCCACUUCAUGGAAGUUGUCCUGCCUUACAAUCAGGAGCUACGCUUGAGAGAUGUAACGGAUCGUUUGACCAUUCUGAGAGGAAAAUCUCUGCCCUCGAUGUUCUCCUGGUCUUACAAAAGGAGCUACAAGAGCGGAUAUGUCUGGAACGAUUUGUCCGAGGACGACAUUCUAUACCCAGCUGACGGAGUGGAAUACGUACUUAAGGCUUCAGAGCUCUUUGAUGGGUGUUCUGAGAAGUAUCAAGGAACCACAAGCGGCAAGACAUUAAAUCCAAAGCAUUCAUUUGAAGGACUAACAACCACCCAUUCUCAGGACAAGACUCUAAGCCUGUCUAAUACUAGAUCUCUUAUUCCUAAGAGCAAGUUAAUGGUUAAACCUGCAACUGAAAAUGGGCAUGAACAUACCCAUGGUCAUAAUGAUCUGUUACCCACUAAGCUCCCCUUUUCACAAAAUGCUUGUGGAACCCAUCCCAAAGUUAUAAUCAGAGACGAUGACAUAGGCAACCUAAGCACUAGAUCUGAGCCUCCCCAUUACCGCCCGAGAUCAGAAGACAAAACACUGAAGCAAUCCAUUAAUGUUGAUGGAGACUGUAAGCUUUUUAAGUCUGGACCCCUGGACUCCAAGAUAACUCAUGUGGUCAAUGCUGCCACACAGACCAGUGAAAGAUGUGAGAAAGGAGAAGAAGACGCAGAAGAAGCAGCAUCAAAAGAGAGCGAGAGCAGUCAGAACUCCACAGAGUUAAGUGGGGGAGAACAGUCUCCCUUAUCUUCUUCGUCAAACUGUUCUGGUCGAGUCCAUGAUGAAACCCAUCAGACAAAACCAGUCAGAAAAACAGUGAGAUUCGAGGAACCCAACAUCACCCAAUCUUCCGCUAGAUUCAGUUUGUUGCAGUUCAUCUCCUGCGGAUCACUGGGAGUAGAAGACAAUAAUAUUCAGACAGUUUCUCAUAAGCCUACCAGAUCUUCAGGGGUUACGCAAGCGCGAAUCUCAGUUGAUUCUAAGAAUAAUAUUCAGACUCAAACUGAGGUUCCUAAUAGAACGCUUGGAGAAGAGCUGGAUUUUUUGGGUGAGGAUCUACGCAUGGCCAAUGCUCAGAGGACAGAGAAGGAGUAUUUCAGCGGCAGUAUUGUUGAAAUGCAAGCCCAUGGCGAAGCAGACAACGAAGAAGAUCCCAAACUCACCAGAUCCGCUUCGUAUAAUGCAGAAGGAGGAUCAAAGUCAGAGAUGGCUGCCAUGGUUGAAACUGAAAAGGAGAAAGAUCACGUUAACACUAAGACCAAAUGCAUUCCCAGAAUAAAGAUUUCAAAGAAGGAUUCACAGAAAACACCCACCAAAAGAGAGUUAAUGAAUGACAGAAAUAUCCACGGCAGCUGCAGUAAUAGAUUUCCUUGAUGGCGUCUGCCAUCUCAAGGAACUAAGAAUAUCUUCACUUGUACUACUGUUUGGUCGUAAUAAAUGCUAUUGGAUUUGGCGAAAAAAAAAUGUACUGGCCCGCUGUAGGAUUAUGAUGGGCUUUUAUAUUUUAUGAACAAAUUUUAGGCUCAUGUUUCCAAGUUCUGUGUGGCGUACUCGAUGCAAAGUUUAAUUAUAAAAAC